CACACACUCGCUUGAUCAACAUGAAGUUCGUGACCUUCGCCCUCCUCGUCGCCCUCCUGGCCGUCUCCUCUGCCGACCCGGGCAAGAAGUUCUACAAGAAGUCCAGGCCCAUAGCCCAACCAGUCUACUACCGUCCCGCCCCAGUAGUUCACCAGCCCGUUGUUGUCCACAAGCCUGUUGUUGUCCAGAAACCUGUUGUUGUCCACAAGCCUGUUGUUGUACACAAGCCUGUUGUUGUGCACAGGCCUGUGCCCGUCAGUUAUGGGCAUGGAGGCUCCAGUUAUGGGCAUGGAGGUUCCAGCUUUGGGCAUGGAGGUUCCAGCUUUGGGCAUGGAGGUUCCAGCUAUGGGCAUGGAGGCUGGUAAGGCCUGGUGCGAGUCCGUGGGAAGUUGAUUUGGUCUAUGAUUUGGAUGUGCCUGUGAGAUGUUUGUGUCUCAGUCCAGGACUUUAAGAUGUCUGUGCAGCGUUUCAAAAGUCUGUACAGAGCUAGA